UAACAACCAAAUACCGUGGCGGUGGUGGGUCUUGGGGUUGCCGAUGCGGAUAAGACGAGUUGCCCUGAGUCCUGACGGGCCGGGGGCCCGCAUGCGUACGCUCUGCUCUGCCCGCACUGCCCGGCCUCGUCCAUCCCUCCUCCUCCUCCUUCCCUUCCUCUCUUCCUCCUCCUCUUCCUACCCUCAACAUCUACCCACUGCGCAAAGACACCCUCCUUCUCCCCGACCGUCGAUUAUACUACUAGCGCUCCAACAACCCCCCUUGACCCCUCCCGCGAACCCCGGGUGGAUCGUGGAGCCAAUUACUACAUCCCUGCGGCUAUUUUUAUCCCCAACGAACCGUGCGACGACUUGACUUCGACCCAACGACCUUUACCUGUUCCUGAACUCCCUUCUGCCCCGGAACUCUGGAGUUAACCUCCGCGCUUUCCAACAGCCGGAACCACGCCAACAGUGAACCGAUUGACUGCUUCUGCACGUCCGUGUUG